AGGUGGCUGAGUGUCCGAAUCACUCUUUGGGCGGAACGAGAUGAUGAAUCCUUUUCUUCGCAUGCUCCCAAGAAUGAUGGCAAGUUCCUCUCUUGGAAGCCAACCAUUCAACUCAACAAGAAGGAAUGCCAAGCGUUUUGUAUUAGGCUGCACCGCUGCGAUGAUAGGAGCUGCUGGAUUCCAAUACAGUGUAAACAAUCUAAAAGCGGCAUGUGAGCAAAAGACAACGCCAAAAGCAGAAAAUGAGCUUGUCGACAUAAGCAAUCUCCAAAAGUACAACAGGAACUGGGAUGGGAGGCAUCCGAAGGAAGGGCAGCAGAAACCAAAGGCAAUUCGAUACAUCAUUCUUGUUCGUCAUGGUCAAUACAAGGACAACGAAUCGAAGGAUAUCAAUGCAGUUUUGACAUUGAAGGGCAGGCAGCAGGCUCGAAUCCUAGCUCAGAAAAUCAUAGAUACGUUCAAACCAACCUCACUUACAGUGAGUGAUAUGACCAGAGCGAAACAAACCAUGGAAAUUCUGUUGGAGAAGCUGCCCAAGGAUAUUCCCUUGACAACGAUGAAGGAGCUGAGAGAGGGUCGCCCCUGCCAGCCGAUACCACCUUCCUCUUCUGGAUUGUUCCAGAAGUCUACGGUCGAGGCGGAUGGAGCUCGAAUUGACAAGGCCUUCAACCAAAUCUUUUACAGGGCUCCGGUAGAACAGGAGCACCAUUCCUAUGAGGUUGUUGUGUGCCAUGCCAACGUCAUUCGCUACUUUGUAUGCAAAGCCCUUCAAAUUCCAACUGAGGCAUGGCUGCGGAUGAGUCUGCCGCAUUGUUCGAUUACGAUGAUUGCCAUUCAUCCGUCUGGUUCAGUGUCGUUAAGAACCCUUGGAAACACACAUUACCUGCCACCUUCUCUGAUUACUACCUCAUGA